AUGCCGUUCGUCCAGGCGUCGGUGCGCACAGUGGCGCGCACUGUGCGGAUGCGUAUGCACGACAAGCGCAUGUAUCAAGACUAUGUACGCACGCGCUCUCCCGGCGGCGCUGCGAUGCGUGUGUCGCUGGCGACGGGAAAAACAUACGGAGCGCUCCUCAGCCGCGGCGAGCGCGCGGGCCAGGAGGACGCCAUGUCGAUUUCAUGUAUCAUGCUCCCCUGUGAGCAAUUACGACAGCAUAUCCUUCACUCGACGCCCGGCGGCCAGGCCCGCGAUCCGUGGUACGGCUGGACGUGCCAGGAAGCGGGCGGCGCCGAGUUUGGCGCGCAGGUCGUGUGGUUCGGCUGCUUUGACGGGCAUGGCGGGCCGAGCGUGUCGCAGCUCCUGUCCAAGAAACUGCACCGGGUUUUCGAGGCGGCCGAGCCGGAGAUGGUGACAGACACAGUACGAUAUACGCGCUCUUUGGGCGGCUACUUUGGGCGGUACUCGGGCGGAGUGCUCGAGCGCUGGGUGCGCAAGGACCUGCUAGGCCGCGGAAAGCGCGAAGCCGCGCCCAACUUUCGUUCUCUCUCGGAGCUCGCACAGAGCUCGUCGGAGCCGACGCCGUCCGCGCUCGAGCGUUACGAUGCGCUUGCCGACGAUGGCGACUCCAACGCAACGCAUACCAAGCUCAUUCCCCCGCCGGACGAAAUGCAGGGCAAGGAAAUUACGCUGAAAGAGCGCGCGACACUCGCAUGGCUCAUGAUGGACCGCGAAGUGCAGCAGAACCCCGAGUACGACGGCGCGGGAAGCACCGCAUCGAUCCUGCUUGUGCACAGCCUCGACCAACCCGCCGUGCCGUGGUACUCGAGCAAGUACGUCUCGCUCACGACGAUCCACGUCGGCGAUACGCGCUUUCUGCUCUGUCCCACGUCCGACGGCAAGGCCGUGCCGCUCACUACGCACCACCACCCCGACGAGCCCGGCGAGGCCGAGCGGCUGAGCCGGCUCGGCGCGGGAAUCGUCACCGACUCGUUCGGCGAGAUGCGGUGGAUGGGCACACUCGCCAAUACGCGUGCUUUUGGCGAUACCGAGGCGAAGCGGUACGGCGUCACGGCCGAGCCAGAGGUGCGCUCGCACAUUGUGCGCGGUACCGAGUUUGCGUUUGCGAUCGGCUUUAGCGACGGCAUCAGCGACGUGAUGAGCGACCAGGAGAUUGUGGACCUGUGCCGCGGCGCCCAGCAGCCGCAAGAGGCCGCGAAACGCGUGCUAAAGUACGCCGAGAACUUGGGGAGCGUCGACAAUGCCACCGUCCUCUGCGUCCCCUUGGCGGGGUGGGGGUCGAUCGGCGGCAGCGACGAGACCAAGGCGCGCCGGAAGAAGCGACUGAGCCAGGUCGAUCUGUAUCGCGACAGACGUAAAUAG